AUGUCUCAACAGGGUUACUAUCAACAGGGUCCUCCACAGCAAGGUUACCAACAACAGGGUCCUCCACAGCAAGGUUAUUAUCAGCAAGGUCCUCCACAGCAAGGCUAUUAUCAGCAAGGUCCUCCACAGCAACAGCAACCGGUUUAUGUUCAACAGGCUCCUCCACCAAAAGAUGAUGACUGCUGCGGUACUUUCUGUAAGAUGUUAUGUUGCUGCUGUUGCUUGAGUUUGUUAUGUGCCCAAUGA